GGUCUGCAGAGUCGGUUGGAGAGUAAAAACAGCGCAUGCCUUUCUGGAGUCGGGAUCCGUACAUCCUGACGUAGCCCGAGCAUCUUAAAAAAAAAUCCCGGGUGAUAGCGCCCCGAAGCACUUUCCGCGGCUAUGGUGGUCCGGGCCUCGGGGCGGCUGGGGAGGCUGGGCGCAUCGCCCCCCGCCUGCGGCCGGCUGCGAUGAGGAGCUCGCCGCCCGCCGCCCGCCGAGAGCCGCGGCUCCCUCCGCCGCGAUGCCCAGCCGCGCCGCGCCGCGCCAGCCUGUGAGUACCGAGAGCGGGCUGCUCGGGCUGCCGGCGCUGUGACCUUGAGCGCGUGCCAGGGAAGCGGCGGAUUACUUUUAUUUGUGCAUCGGAUGGAUUGACGAGAAGAAGCCUCCUGCCCUCUCUCCCUGCAGCCGCGGCCGGGAGCGGAGUUGGGAACACCUCGCCCGCCCGGCGUCCUCCCGGUCGGAACCAUCAUUAUUGUUUAUUCUUGCGCCUCAGAGCCCGAGUCCUCCGAUGGCUCCCCUAGGUGAAGUUGGGAGCUAUUUCGGUGUGCAGGACGCGGCGCCGUUCGGGAACGUGCCCGUGCUGCCGGUGGACAGCCCGGUGUUGCUAAGUGACCACCUGGGUCAGUCUGAAGCAGGGGGGCUGCCCCGGGGACCCGCCGUCACGGACUUGGAUCACUUAAAGGGGAUUCUCAGGCGGAGGCAGCUGUACUGCAGGACUGGAUUUCACUUAGAAAUCUUCCCCAACGGUACUAUCCAGGGAACCAGGAAAGACCACAGCCGAUUCGGCAUCCUGGAAUUUAUCAGUAUAGCAGUGGGCCUGGUCAGCAUCCGUGGCGUGGACAGUGGACUCUACCUCGGCAUGAAUGAGAAGGGGGAGCUGUAUGGAUCAGAAAAACUAACUCAAGAGUGUGUCUUCAGAGAACAGUUUGAAGAGAACUGGUACAACACCUACUCUUCCAACCUGUAUAAACACGUGGACACCGGAAGGAGAUACUAUGUUGCAUUAAAUAAGGAUGGGACUCCGAGAGAAGGGACCAGGACUAAACGGCACCAGAAAUUCACACAUUUUUUACCUAGACCAGUGGACCCUGACAAAGUACCUGAACUAUAUAAGGAUAUUCUAAGCCAAAGUUGACAAAGACAGUGUCUUCACUUGAGCCCUUAAAACAUAACCACUAUAAAUGCUUUCAUGCGGUGGGUUCUUAUCGAUUAGCAGUGCCGUCACCUCAGCUCCACUGUUGCCAAACUUUGUCGCAUGCAUAUGUAUGAUGGAGGCUUGGAUGGGGACUUGCUGAUUUGCUCUGCACUUACUGGCUGGUCCUCCUGGAGGGCUGCCUGGGGCCACUUGCUUGAUUUAUUGUGAAAGCAGGGGAGAGAGGCUGCGUGAGAGGGUGCGAGUGCGUGAGUGGGUGAGUAGAGGGGGACAGCAGCGCGCCAAGAGGACAACGGCCUGAUGCAUGCUGGGAAAUAGACACGCUUUUACAUUUUUGAUCAGUUGAACUUCAUCCUAUAUCAGCACAGCUGCCAUACUUCAACUCAUCAGGAUUUUUGGCUGGUGGCCUGCUCAAGGGAACACUGCCUUUCCACAGGCGUGGAGGGCGCAGUCUCACCUAAAAGACUAUCAGUUCAUUCUCGCUGGUAUCAUAGCCCAGUGAACUUAAAGCAAAGACCUCUUAGUUUAAAAGAAAUAAAAAAAGAAAGAAAAAAGAAAAAAAAACAAGAAAAAAGAAAACAAGAGAAAAAGGUUAAAUUUAUUUAUAGAAAUUCCAAAGGCAACAUUUUAUUUAUUUUAUAUAUUUAUUUAUUAUAUAGAGUUUAUUUUUAAUGAAAUAUGUACAGGCCAGAUAGGCAUUUUGGAAGCUUUAGGCUCUGUAGGCAUUAAAUGGCAAAGUCUGCUACAAACCUGUGGUAACUUCAAGUAGGUCUAUGAGAAAUUCUAAUGGCCCUAAUGUACUAAAGGCGACAAUCUAUUUUGUGCCCAUAUUAUUAUUGUAAACUUCUGCACAUCGCUCAUGACACUGAGUAUUCGCUCUUCAGACUGCUUGUUUCAUAGCUUACCCCAGAGGAUUAAAGAUAAACUGGGUCUCAACCCUUAUUCCGUGUCUGUAAUUUUCCUCUCCCGUGACGCAGUCUCUCGGUGUAGCGGGCGGUUGGAACACGUGAGGGUUGGCGUGUGUCGUGUUUUAAUCUGUGGCAGAGUGUACCAAAGCUAAGCAUGACUGUGCUCUUUAACUCGGCCCACCUCCAUGACGACAUCAGACAUGGCGCUGAUUUAAAGUCCCUAAGGGAGAGGAAAAAGUUUACGUAGCUCUUCUUUCUCCUCCUCCUCUUUUCCUUCUUCUCCUCCUUCUUUUCUUUUUCUUUCUUUCUUUCUUUCUUUUUUUUUUUUUUUGAGGCAAAAAUCAGAUGAACAGGAUCAUUCUUGUAAACUUUUUAUUUGUGUCUUGGCUAUCAAAUAUGGAAUUAUACAAGGACCCUAGGGCUCAUUAUAACAUCUUUUAUGGAGAUUGCAUUUGGUGUGAACUGUCAUAAUUAUAUGGGGCUAGUACCCUUCAAGUAAAACUUGCAAAAUGAAACCAAUAAAUCUUUAUCAGUCAUGAUAU